AUGGCAAUGUCGUCUCCAAGGAAACAUAUUCACAAGGAUUAUAUCAAGCGCGCACAAGCCUAUAAUCAAAAGAAGCAGGCUUUACAGAAACUUAAACGAAAGGCAGCAUUGAGGAACCCAGAUGAGUUUUAUUUGCAGAGGACCAAAACAAAAAAAAUUGGUGUAUUCUACAAGCUAAAGAGACGGACAAAUAAGUACCCAGAAGAUGAUCUGGAAUAUAUUUUGCUGAAAAAGGAAAUUAAAGAAAUAGAUGUGGAAUUGGAAGAGGUAAACCUUGAGCAGAAAGAGGUAAAUCUGGAGUUGGAAGAAAUAAAUGCCGAUAUUGAAGUCAUGACGAGCGAAGCAGAAGAAUUGAGGAAAUUAUUAUAUGAUUUACGGAAACACAAGGAAAAUGCAACGGUGGCCUGUGACAGAGCCAUUGUGUGGCAGAAACUCGUGCAAGGGAAUAAUCUGAAAAUUUUGUUCGAGAGGAAUUCUUUGGUAACGGGCUGA